AAUCGAGUUACUCCAGCAGCCAGUGUAGUUAGAGGAGCCUUGUCUAAUCUACUGUGCACUCGGGAAAAUUGAAAUCUGUGUCAACAGCCUCUAGCUCUAGGAAUAAUGGCAUCCAAGGAAGAUACCAAAUUAAAGGCAACGAGGCCUGUGCUUGCAACAACUGGUAAUGAAGGUAAGGCGAAAAGAAAAAGGAAAGCAAAGGAUCCAAAUGCACCGAAGAGAGGCUCUAGUGCCUAUCUGUUCUUCAUGAAGGCGUUCCGUGAGCAGCUGGCCAGUGAAGGAACAAAGAUGUCAUCGAUGACAGAGCUGACGAAGGUGGCGGCGGAGAAGUGGUCGAAACUAAGCGAAGAGCAGAAGAAGCCGUUCAGUGAUCAGGCAGCAAAGGAUAAAGCACGCUACCAGGAAGAGAUGAAGUUGUACCGGCCAAGCAGGGACCCAAAUAAGCCAAAGCGUCCGUUGUCGGCAUAUUUCCGAUUCAUGGCCGAGUUUAGAAAACAGGUGGCUGACAAAGGCAUGUCAGUGACUGAUAUUGCAAAGCUUGGUGGAGCCACAUGGACAGCGAUGACUGAAUCAGAAAAAAAACCGUACCGAGAUUCGCUGGAAGUCGACAUGAAAAUCUUCAAUGAGGUCAAUAAUACUCCGGGAGUCGGGAAGAGAGGAGAAGGGGAUCGGGGACCGGUUCAGCAAGUGAAAAAGGCAAAGGUAGAGAAGAAGCCGGAGUCUUCCGAGGAGGAGCAGGAGUCGGACGAGGAAGCCCCUCUCGUGGUCACCUCACAACGCAGUCAUCACUCUCAUUCAUCCCAGAAGUCCCAGAAGGGGUCAUCCCAGGGCAGGACUGGCAGUCAGGGUGCAGUGAAGGCUUCGCAGUAACCGAACGUCGGCGAUAGACAACCAAGAUUGCAAGCAGUAACGACGGAGCUAUUUGUACUUUGCGUAUAACAGUCACAAGACGUUAGUUUAUAGUUGUGAGAGAAUGAAAUGGUGUUUGUUUCACGACUCGCGAUAUGCGGUAGUUAAGUGCGUUUCAUUGGGGGACGAUGCUCCUUUUGCGGUCGACAAUGUAAUAAAUUUUUUAAUACUAAUUUCUCCCAGAAAUUUGCUAGCACUGGGCAAGAUGAAGUGUGGUGUGUAGGUAUCUCUUACAAUCCGUUUGACUGACAACAGCUAACGUCUGCAGAAAGAAUGCUACAUCUAAACAGUCACAAUGUAAAGAUAUGAUGCAAGAAAAUUCCAUAGUUACUUCCAGUUGAAUGGUGGCAGAAAUAUUUGCUUUAAAACGCGUGUUCAUGCACACACAUUGAUACUAUUCUGUAUUUAACGUGCAUGUUAAUGUUUACUGUUUUGAUAGGUUGCAUUUUAUACAUAAAAACGUGAAAAACCCACAA